AUGGUGUUAAAGGUUACAGCUUUUAUUGUUCUGGUUUCAGUUGUGGUAAACUCUCAACAGCCAGCUUUCAACGACGACGUUCUGGGUUUAAUCUUCUUCAAAGCAGGGCUCAGUGACCCAAAUGCAAAGCUCCAAUCUUGGAGUUCCGACGACAAUGAUCCCUGCAACUGGUUGGGCGUUAAAUGUGACCCGACGACUUACCGGGUCACGGAGCUCCACCUCGAUGGCUUAGCUCUUUCGGGUCACGUCGGUCGUGGCUUAUUGCGGUUACAGUUCCUUCAAAUUUUGUCACUUUCCAAAAACAACCUCACGGGCACAGUAAACUCCGAGCUUUCUCACAUUGGAAGCUUGCGGGUGAUUGAUUUAAGAGAGAACUGCUUAUCGGGAUCGAUCCCCGAUGAGUUCUUUGCACAAUGUGGGUCUCUAAGGUCGGUUUCUUUUGCGAGAAACAAUCUCACAGGGCAGCUUCCUGGUUCUUUGAGCUCAUGUUCGAAACUUGUGGAGGCUAACUUCUCGUCUAAUCGAAUUUCGGGGCGGUUGCCAUCUGGGAUUUGGUAUUUGAGGAGCCUUCAAUCGUUUGAUAUAUCUGGUAAUUUGUUGGAAGGGGAAAUGCCUGAUGGGAUGAGCAAUUUGUAUGAUUUGAGACUGAUAGAUUUAAGAAACAACAGAUUCUCAGGGAGGAUUCCAGGUGAUAUUGGAAACUGUUCACAUUUGAAAUCGGUUGAUUUUAGUGAUAAUUAUUUUCAUGGUGAUCUUCCUGAUUCAAUGAGGAGGCUUGGUUCAUGUAGUUCAAUCGGUUUACGAGGAAACUCUUUGAGGGGACAAGUCCCUGAUUGGAUUGGAGAAUUGAGAAGCCUCGAGAGUCUGGAUCUUUCUGCAAAUAAUCUCUCUGGUGGAAUUCCAUUUUCUCUGGGAAAUCUGCAGUUACUCAGGGAAUUAAAUCUGUCAAUGAACAUGUUUACUGGUGCAUUGCCUCAGUCAAUGGCCAAUUGCUAUAGCCUUUUAGCAAUAGAUGUCAGCCAUAAUCUGUUAACAGGUAAUGUUCCAUCAUGGAUUUCUGGGAAUAAACUUAUGGGGAGCCUUCAGGUCUUGGAUCUUUCUUCUAAUGCUUUAUAUGGCGAAAUCCCAUCGGACAUCGGUGUUCUUAGCAGCUUGGUCUUGUUUAACAUGUCCAGGAACCGUCUUUUUGGUUCCAUUCCGGCCAGCAUUGGUGGAUUAAAGACCUCCAAAGUUAUUGAUUUGAGUUCCAAUUUGUUGAAUGGAAGCAUUCCUUCUGAAAUUGGGGGUGCAGUGUCACUCAAGAAACUCAAGUUGCAAAGGAACUUUCUUUCAGGGAAAAUUCCAGUUCAGAUUGUGAAUUGUUCAUCAUUAAUAGUUUUAAAUCUGUCCCGGAACAACCUAUCUGGCUCUAUCCCUCCUGCCAUUUCGAUUUUGAGCAACCUCGAGUAUGUGGACUUGUCGUUGAAUGAUCUCACCGGAAGCUUACCGAAAGAGCUAGCAAAUCUUUCUCAACUCGUGUUCUUUAAUAUCUCUCACAACCACCUUUGUGGUGAACUUCCACUUGGGGGCUUCUUCAACACCAUUCCUACUUCAUCCGUCUCUGGAAAUCCGUCGUUGUGUGGUUCAGUUGUCAACCGGUCCUGCCCUGCAGUCCAUAAUAAGCCCAUUGUCCUCAACCCUAACUCCCGAGGCUCCACCGGUGGCCCCUCUCCGAAUCACCAACGAAAGAAAAUUGUGUUCAGCAUAUCUGCCCUCAUUGCCAUUGGCGCUGCGGCAUUCAUUGUCAUUUGUGUAGUAGCUAUCACCGUACUCAAUAUCCAUGUCCGGUCUUCUAUGUCACGUGCUCCUGUAGCUCUCACCUUAUCUGGAGGGGAAGAUUUUAGUUUUUCUCCCAACAAUGAUCCGAACUAUGGCAAACUUGUAAUGUUUUCAGGGGAUGCUGACUUCGUUGGUGGUACCCAAGCUUUGCUUAACAAGGAUUGUGAGCUUGGUCGUGGAGGGUUCGGGACAGUUUAUCGAACAAUCCUUCGUGACGGUCUUUCAGUUGCCAUCAAGAAGCUGACCAUUUCAAGUUUGGUCAAGUCUCGAGACGAAUUCGAAAGGGAAGUUAAAAAACUUGGAAAGAUUAGGCACCAUAAUCUUGUAGCUCUUGAAGGAUAUUACUGGACUCCUUCGUUGCAGCUCCUCAUUUAUGAAUUCGUUUCCAGUGGGAGCUUAUAUAAGCACCUGCACGAGCCCGACAGAAGUUGCCUAUCUUGGAAACAGCGAUUCGUUGUAAUUCUCGGGAUGGCCAAGGGUCUGGCCUAUUUGCAUCGUAUGAACAUCAUUCACUACAACCUUAAAUCGACCAAUGUUCUUAUAGAUUGCUCUGGUGAGCCCAAGGUCGGAGAUUUCGGCCUAGCAAGGUUAUUGCCAACGCUAGACCACUGCGUUUUAAGUAGCAAAAUCCAAAGUGCAUUAGGUUACAUGGCUCCUGAAUUUGCCUGCAAGACGGUGAAAAUAACCACAAAAUCCGAUGUGUAUGGCUAUGGUGUAUUGGUCUUAGAGGUGAUAACGGGGAAGAAGCCGGUGGAAUACAUGGAGGACGAUGUGGUGGUGCUGUGUGACAUGAUCAGGGGAGCGCUCGAAGACCGAAGGGUGGAAGAAUGCAUAGACGGAAGGCUUCGUAGUAACUUCCCUGCAGAAGAGGCAAUUCCAGUUAUAAAGCUUGGCCUAAUAUGUGCAUCUCAAGUGCCAUCGAAUAGACCAGACAUGGAAGAAGUAGUAAACAUCUUAGAGCUUAUCCAAUGCCCUUCCGAAGGCCACGAAGAGCUCGAGUAAGUGAUUUGAGUCGAGAACAGAACGGUACAAUGCGGUGUUUUCCGGUGAAGACGGUUCCAGUUCUACAGGAAAGAAAGAGAGUUAAACUAAUGCCUUUUUCA